GACGUGUUUCCUGGGGCUUGUACGGACCACUCAGCGGUACACCGGAGGGGUAUCAUGAGUGUUUAUCACCAGCACUUGUCUUUCACGCAGUCUUCGGUCGUUUCACCGUGUCCUCGUCGGUCGUAGCACCCCGGGGUGAGACAACAACAGGUCGGCUCGAGCACGAUGUAAAGGAAUCGUGAGCUGCGACCCUCCCCGUCCUCGUCUCCGUGCACCUGCAUGAGCUGUGAGCAGCCCCGGCCUGUUGGAGAGCUGCUUCGCUCGGCGACUGCGCUGCGUUAGGAGACCCGAUGGCUGCCGGCCCUUCAUCUCCCUCCGCAGGCCGCAGGCUGCUGGAGUCGCUAACUGUGGCCAUGGUGGUGCUGCUGGGUUCUGGGCUGGGGUCAGCCCUGGGUCAGCAGGUCUACACCAACACGUGGGCUGUCCACAUACCUGGAGGUCCGGGGGAAGCUGAUCGAGUUGCCCAAAAACACGGUUUUGUCAACCAUGGCCAUGUAUUUGGUGACUAUUAUCACUUCAGGCAUCGUACUGUGGUGAAGCGAUCGCUGUCGGUUCACAGAGGGACGCAUGUUCGACUACAAAAAGAUCCCAAGGUCACUUGGGCAGAGCAACAGGUGUCGAAACGGAGGAAAAAGAGGGAUACCAUUGUAGAAUUUAUUGACCCCAAGUAUAGAGACCAGUGGUACCUGUACAACAUCAACCACAAUGACUUAAAUGCAAAAGGAGCGUGGGCGUUGGGCUACACAGGUAAAGGUGUAGUCGUGUCCAUCUUAGAUGAUGGAAUAGAAAAGAACCAUCCGGACCUGAUGCAGAACUACGACCCGGAGGCCAGUUACGAUGUGAACGAUGGCGACCCAGAUCCCCAGCCUCGAUACACGCAGCUCAACGACAACAGGCAUGGGACGAGAUGUGCAGGAGAAGUAGCAGCCGUGGCCAACAACGGGAUCUGCGGAGUUGGUGUAGCCUACAAUGCAAAGAUUGGAGGUGUGCGCAUGCUGGACGGAGAGGUGACCGACAUGGUGGAGGCCCAGUCUCUCAGUCUGAAUCCCCAACACAUCGACAUCUACAGCGCCAGUUGGGGCCCAGAGGAUGAUGGCAAAACUGUUGAUGGACCUGCCAAACUGGCCAAGGAAGCCUUCCUGCGUGGAGUCACAGAGGGUCGCAGUGGUCUGGGCUCCAUUUUUGUGUGGGCUUCAGGGAACGGAGGAAGAGAGAAGGACAGCUGCAACUGUGACGGCUACACCAACAGCAUCUACACCCUGUCCAUCAGCAGCACCACACAAAACGGCAACGUCCCUUGGUACAGCGAGGCUUGCUCCUCUACCCUCGCCACCACCUACAGCUCGGGAAACCUUAAUGAGAAACAGAUAGUAACUACAGACCUGAAAUCAAAAUGCACCGACUCCCACACAGGCACCUCUGCUUCCGCCCCGCUGGCUGCUGGGAUCAUCGCUCUCGCCCUGGAAGCAAAUAAAAACCUCACCUGGAGGGACAUGCAACAUCUGGUUGUUCGAACUUCUCGCCCAGUUAACCUGGUUGCAAACGACUGGAGAACCAACGGCGUCGGACGCAAAGUUAGUCAUUCGUAUGGAUAUGGUCUGCUUGAUGCCAGUGCAAUUACGUCGCUGGCAAAGUCCUGGAGUUACGUGGGGCCACAGAGAAAAUGUGUGAUCUCCAUUCUCACUGAGCCGAGGAACAUCGGCAGCCGUUUGUCUAUCAACAAAACUGUGGAUGCCUGCAUCGGGUCGGACAGCUACGUGACGUCGUUGGAGCACGUUCAGGCCCGGCUCACCCUGUCCUACAACCGGAGAGGAAACCUGGCCAUCCAUCUCAUAAGUCCUGCUGGCACACGCUCCACCCUGCUCCACCCCAGGCCUCAUGACUACUCAUCAGAGGGCUUCAAUGACUGGGCUUUCAUGACCACCCACUCCUGGGAUGAGAACCCCAACGGAGUGUGGACGUUGGAGAUCGAGAACGUGGCUGGCGCCAGUGAUUAUGGCACGCUGACCCAGUUCAUCCUGGUGCUGUACGGCACCAGCUCAACAUCUUCCAGCUCUUCUGAAGCGCCUCCGUCCAGCGACGACGGCUGCAAGACUCUCGAUCUGGAAGUGAAAUGCAUCGACUGCAAUCCGGGCUACUACCUCUUUCAGCAGCGCUGUGUGAAAGAAUGUCCCCCGGGCUUCGCAGUGGGCUCUCACCCUCUCAGCUACACGGUUGGGAAUGCCAUCCUCCCAGCCUCCGUCCCAGCCUGCCAGCCGUGCCACCCGCUCUGCCUCACGUGCAGCAGCCUCGGCCCGCAGGCCUGCCUGUCCUGCGCUCCUCACCGCUCCUUGGACACCGUGCCGGGCAGCUGCAUGCACAGCGGUCAAUACAUGCGCGAGACUCCCGGCAGCUUCAUGGUGGGUCCAGGGGACUUGAGACCUCAGCUGGAGCUCGGCUCCCGAAUGCCCGUCGUCAUCGCUGUGCUGAGCUGCAUGGCCAUCAUCGCCACCUUCGGCGGCAUCUUUCUGCUGCUGCAGCUGCGCUCAGGCGCUCACAUCAAGCUGCCCUCUUUGGAGGCCGGUGGCGGCUUCAGCCUGGGGGGGAACCGGGUGGUGUCGUACCGCGGCAUCCCGACAGUGUGGGGGGAGGAAGGAUUCAAUACAGACUCCGAAAACGAAGAGUUUGACGUCCACAAUGAGAGGACUGCCUUUAUCAAAACACAAAGUGCUCUUUAAUCCCUCCACAGGUCCUUCCUCCUCCUCCUCCUCUGCUUUUUAAAUCGGUUCAUCCCUAAUUUGUCUGAUGAUUCAGGGCUGCUGGUUUCUCUCCUUUCAGUCUCUUCUCGUUCGUUUUCUUGAUUUCUCUCAUCAGAUUCUCACCCAUUUCCUGCUGUAGGAACUGGUCUUCCUCUCUGCUGUGGGAGGCCUGAUGGGAAGCUGCUGUUUCUUAAAUCUGACAAUGGUCUGAGCUUUGCUGUGUUCACACACGGGUGCAUUUCAAUCUAAGUGGCUCUUUCCCUCCUUUUACCCCCAAACCGCGAAGAUUGUCUGUUUGUGCAGAGUCCAUUUUCCAUCCAGCUCCUGUUUGUUGCAGUAAACAGACAAUUAUUAUUAUUUGCUUAGUUUCCAAACUUCUGUCUCACGUUUCAUUAGUCUCAGUGCAGUAGCCAGAUGAGAUUGUAGGAGUGUGUGUGUGUGCGCGCGUGUGUAUUUCUGAUUAAAUGAGUGUCUGGAUCUGAUGAGCAGUGAGUAGAGGAACGUCUUUUAUCAAGAUGGUAAAGUGGGUCCUCAUUUUCUGUUUUAACUGAUAACAAAAAGAAAUGAAUUAUGAGGCGUUCACUUCCUUUGGAAAAAUGUGUUCUGUCCAAACUAUCAGACAUUUAAACUGUACCCAGAAAACUUCAUUAAUUUGUAGUGAAUCAAAUUUUUAAGGUUCUGUGUGAAAAUGUCCAAACUUUUUUUUUUUUUACUUAAAUUGACGUUUCUUGAGUCGGACGGGAGAAAACGCCACUUCUGAUGAGAGAAUUGUAAAAUUUACACCCAACAGAAUCGAUUAUUUAUACUUUUAAAACUAGUGUUUUAAGCUUUACACUUAAAGAAGUUCCAGCUAUAUUUGUUUUUGACGUUCAAGAUCAAAUUAAUUUAUUUGGGUUUUUGCAAACUAUAAUUACGUUUUGCUCCCGACUUCCUGAGCACAAAAACAAACGGAAAAGAUGCGCACACGCUGCUUGGUCCUCCCAGGAGCACAGUCCCUCCCAGAGACGUUCCUCCACGUCUGGUGGGGUUGAGACGGGAGUCGGCCGACGAGCUGCUGGGUCUGUGUGAAGGCGGAGCCUGUGGAAGCAGCUGACAGGUGUAGUUACCUGUGAUUGAUUUCCUAACGGAGCAAACGGCAACACAACACCGAGGCUCCCCUGCUGUCGGAGCACGUCAGCGUUCAGAUCUGCCUCGCGUCGUAAUGACUCGAUGUGAGGAUGGAGGAAUGUGUAGCCCGUCUUUGUGGGGUGGUGUCCUCCGUCGUCUCGCUGCCUCUCCUCUUCCAAACACAAGUAUUGUUUAAAAAAACAACAAAAUCCUACAGCUCCAUCAGAGUCUCUGCACUCAUCCUUCAUCUGGUUUGAAUUUUAAAUAUUCCCGUCGGCGUACUCGGCAAUUAUUCUCCAAAUGAUACUGCGGCAAAGGAUUUAUCCUGGGAGGCUGUAAUAAUACCUUUAGGGAAUUGAUCUUAAGUGUUUUGUUUUUUUCCUCCUGGGCUGGUUAUUAUAAGAAAUAAGCAUCUCAUUGUUUAAUCCUUUAUAUCCAUUUUACCACUUUUGUUUAAUUUUUUUUUAAAUUUUGUUGAGACCAUGAGUUAAUUUUUUUCCGGUGGAGCUUGUGGUUGUCAUGGCGAUGGCGUGCAUGAAGCAAGCUGCAGCUGCUCAUCUUUUUAUGUAGCUCUCGUAUCAUACAGCGAGGUUUCUUUCAUGCUCGGAGGGGCUGUUGAAUCAUUGCAGGGGUCAGAGCGUCUCCGGGUUAGACAUGAAAAGGCUGUUUGGGAAAGAUUUGGGAGAAUCUUUGGAAAGGAAGAAGUGGUUGUAAUUCAUUUCUUCUUCUUCAUCCCCUGAAGUUCCUUCCAUGAUCAGUAUUCACACGUGGUCACACCUGGGCUUUGAAACUGACUCUUAAAAUAAAAAGGCUUGAAUAAACAUCCACGGCAUUCAAGUGCUAAAUCAACCCAAAUAUGAUGGAGGACUUGUGAUUUCUCUCUUCUCUUACUGGUUUUUGUCUCUGACAAUCAAAUUUUCUGUCCUGAGGGCGACAAGCAAAUCGUUUUUAGCUCCUAAUUUAGCCACUUGUGUUACCAAACCUGCACAGGAGGGGUUACAUGUGCUCGUAAAUAUGCAUUUGAAUGUGAUUUUAAAUAAAAACUAAAUUGCAUAUAGCGGCUUAUUUAGAAAAUGUAAAACUUGAGUGAUCGUUUUAAAGCAGGAUCUGCUGAAAUCACAGGAAAAGGAGACGGAUUGAUGUGGAAGCUGAGUUCACCUCACACGGCCAGUGCAGAUGUAGCACAUCUGCUUUAUGAACUAGAAGUAAAACUAAGAAUGGAUUUGCCCUCGGCUUCAGUGCUUGGUGCGAUGAUCCUUUAGUGCCUACUGCCAUUUAGGCGUGGAUUGGUCCCUGUAUGGCUCCGGCUUCAGCCACAAAAUCUUACUGACUUCCUCGCUUUGUGCAACGUAAACAACAUAACGAGCUAAUGAAGCAACACAGUCACUUCCAAAUCUAAUCUGGCUGCCUUUUUUUUAAUUUAAAGGAGCUAUAAUGACAGACUUGUACUGCGCUUUAGCUCCUUAAAGGUUUUCUCUAAACGGAAACCAUGAUUUCUGCAUCUUAAUGUAUCCACUACAGCUCUGAACCGGUGAACCCUUUGCAUUCAAGGGUUUAGACUUUUCAGAAAAUCCUGAUAGUAAGCAGCAUUAAUUAGUUUGUGCUUCCAACGCUGCUGAGAACCAUUAGCAGUUAGCUCGCUGCUGUAACUGCCAUGUAAACUGCACACUAAAAAAAAAGAGAACACGUUAUCCCGGAUAGCAGCUUUUAAUUAUUAUAGCGCGGCUGCUUCACCGGCAGUAAAGCAGUCACAGGUUGACAGAAAUGUGAGACUCGUCUUUCCAAGGCUGAGCUAUGUUUCCUGCGUGGAGCUCGCUCUUGCUCCUGUCCUGCUUUAGGAUGUGGCCUGAAGUGAUCCACACGAAGUCACGUAGUUCGAUAGGAGCAAUAUCUUUGGCAGAACCAAAGACAAUCAUUUUAAUGCUGUCUGCUCAGUGCUGGAACGCGUUGCUUUCAGGUUCCAUCGUCCCCCUUCAGUUGUGUUCAAAGUGUUCAUGUUGUGUUGAAAAUGUUCAGUCAUCUCUGCCUUGUUUGAAAACCUGCGGGGACACCCUGAGUGUCCAGCUGUGGAUGGAGGAGCUUGAAUGUAUCCCGUCACCGUUACCUUAAGGGCUGAAUCAGCACGUUUGUUAAAGUUGAAACACUUUGUGACGAAGAGCGGCGGCGCAGCCUCGGUCCGGUCUGUCGACCCCCUCCCGCCUCCCUGUGAGGUUCCUGACCUGUGGCUGGGCUCGGUACCUUACAGAUUCUGACCGAUGAUCAAUGUACAAGACUGUGUAUCUCACACGGGACGUAACUCUAAAAUAUAAGGCCUAUUUUUCUACUAUAUGAAUGGUGCAGUGUAAUUUUUCUUGUAAUUUAAAGAUUGUUUUUUUGGGG